UAAAUCUAUGAGCUAAUAUUAUGCCCGACAAAACACAACCUGCUGAGUGAUAAAUAGCAUUUAUAGAGACCGUGGGUGGGAAUACAUUUUGUGUUCUGACGUAUGGCUAACAUCAGCGUAGAGAAUAAACUUGCAGUAUAAAAGAUUUGGUCCUGAAGACAAUUGGUGUAAAAAUAGCACAUAAAAUCAUCAGACAGACAUGUUCGUCUCUUCACUAGCUUUACGCUUGCUGUGCCUGGUGUCGCUCACCUGUGCAUGCUACAUCCAGAACUGCCCACGUGGGGGGAAGCGCGCCUCCGCCGAUCCAGCUACCAGACAGUGCAUGGCUUGUGGUCCAAGGGACAGUGGCCGCUGCUUUGGUCCUAAUAUUUGCUGUGCAGCAGGUUUAGGCUGCUCUGUGGGCUCUCCUGAAGCACUGAGCUGCACUGAGGAGGACUACAUACCCACUCCAUGUGAGAAUGGAGGUAGAGCAUGUGGAUCUGAGGGGGGACGCUGUGCUGCUCCAGGCGUCUGCUGUAACUCAGAGAGUUGUGUUCUGGAUUCUGGCUGUACAGAAGAUGGCAGGCGUAAUCAUCCUGCAGAAGGCAGCACUGUACUGAGCAGUAUUUCGACAGGAGAGAUGCUUUUGCAUCUCCUCAGCCUGGCUACUGUGAAGCAGAGAGAAGUCCAACAGUUCAGAGACACUUGAUUAUUAUUGACAAACAAAAAUAUCCACCUAGAUAUUUUAAUAUGUAUUACAGAACCAUUUGUUAUGAUGAACUGUAGUUCAACACAGUAAUUCGAAACUGUAUGUGUAGUUAAUAAAUAUUUCUUGCACUGUAACAUGUUAUUAAGAGUGUUUACUACUCCAUUCUAUUUUUUCUAGUACAUGCCUUUAUCCUACUUCUAACCGUUUCAAUUGAAGUAUUAUUAUUUGGCUUCUGGAAAUUUCUGUAUUGUUCAAGAAACAAGAUUAACCACUAUCAUUAAUGUGUCACCGUUACGCCAGACUGCUUCCCAGGAUGUGUCAACAUAACAAGUCAGGUUUUCACUUUUUUGACUGAUGCUUUAUUCUCAUUAUUCUUUAUCUCUGAAAUAUCUGACAGAUUUUUGACAAUCAACAAUCAAAGACCAUUAAAAAAUCAUUUUACAAAAAUAUGCAUGGGUUGAAAUUAAAAGGACAAAGGUGAUGUCAAAGGGUUUUUUUUUGUUUUUUUACAUGAAUUCAUGCAUGCUAUCACCUUCACAUGGUGAGUGAAUAUCUGUACAUGUUUAUUCUCACCAUGGAGCCCCGAGCUGCAGCUGUGUUGCUUCUCCUCCUGUGUGCCAUCAUCAUCACCACUGAGGGAUUCAUCCCAAUUUGCUGCACUGGAACUGCAGAUAAACUUAACUCGAAGAUAAU